GGGCAAAAUCUUGCUCCGACACCGGGUGGUUUAUGUUUCACAAAGUCCCGGCACUGAAGUGUCUAGGCCGUAGCAUCGCUCAAAGUGGCCGUCGUUGUUUAACGUCUCGCGCAAUGCCCUCCACACAAGCCAGCCUGCAGGCAGUGGUUGCCAAGUUGAACGAAUUUGCACCGGAAAGUCUGGCAGAAAAAUGGGACAACGUUGGCUUGCUGGUGGAACCGUUUCCAGAGCGUCCUAUUCGCAACAUUUUGCUCACCAUCGAUUUAACGGAGCGCGUCAUGCAGGAAGCGAUGGAAAAGUCGACUGAUUUGAUCAUUUCCUACCAUCCACCGAUAUUUGCUCCGCUGAAGCGCAUCACGCAGAAGUCGUGGAAGGAACGCAUCAUCAAUCACUGCUUGCGGAACGGAAUCGCCGUCUAUUCACCGCACACCAGCUGGGAUAGUGUUACAAACGGUGUGAACGACUGGCUGGCGAACGCACUGCCUUUGGCAAGCUCUCAGCCCAUCCUGGAGAACCUCUCUAACCCAUCUUACGGUGGCGGGCGAAUAUGCGUGGUAAAGGGUGAGCUCACGCUGCAAGAAGCAGUGCAACGCAUCAAACAGCACACCAAGCUGGAGCAUGUGAUGGUCGGAGUUGCACCCGGCGCGAGUGGUCGUAUUCAAACCUUUGCCGUUUGCGCCGGCUCUGGAGCGAGUGUACUGAAAGGCGUCAAGGCAGAUCUCUACGUGACGGGCGAGAUGUCACAUCACGAGUAUCUGGAAGCAAAGCAUCAGGACACCAACCUCAUCCUGUUGGGCCAUUGCAAUUCCGAGCGUGGCUUCUUGCCAGUGUUCAAAGGCAUUCUGUCAGACCUGUUGCAAGGUUUUAGCGACGUUACUAUUAAUGUUUCCGAGCAGGACGGUGAUCCAAUGCAACUGGUUCACACCGAUACACCUACUUUAUCUAACUAGCACGAAGCCUUCUUAGGAAAAGACCAAUUAUGUGGACUAUAAAUAUCCUUUUGAACUCUCACGAGAUUUUUGAGCGAGUUAUU